AGUGGGUUUGGCUCCGGGGCUCAAUGGAAACUGGCACGACUGAACCAUGGAGCUUCGAGUGGGAAACAAAUACCGGCUGGGCAGAAAGAUUGGCAGUGGUUCGUUUGGAGACAUUUACCUAGGAGCCAAUAUUGCGACUGGUGAAGAGGUGGCCAUCAAACUGGAAUGUGUCAAAACCAAGCAUCCUCAGCUCCACAUUGAAAGCAAGUUCUACAAGAUGAUGCAGGGAGGAGUGGGUAUCCCCUCCAUUAAGUGGUGUGGAGCAGAGGGAGACUACAAUGUGAUGGUGAUGGAACUCUUGGGGCCCAGCCUGGAAGAUCUCUUCAACUUCUGUUCCCGCAAAUUUAGUCUCAAGACAGUUCUGCUGCUGGCAGACCAGAUGAUUAGCCGUAUUGAGUAUAUUCAUUCCAAGAACUUCAUCCAUCGGGAUGUCAAGCCAGACAACUUCCUUAUGGGCCUUGGCAAAAAGGGCAACCUAGUAUAUAUCAUUGAUUUUGGUUUGGCCAAGAAGUACCGAGACGCCCGGACCCACCAGCACAUCCCUUAUCGGGAAAACAAGAAUCUGACUGGCACAGCCCGUUAUGCCUCUAUCAACACCCACCUGGGAAUUGAACAAAGUCGCCGUGAUGACCUGGAGAGCCUGGGUUAUGUGCUCAUGUAUUUCAACCUGGGCUCGCUGCCCUGGCAGGGCCUCAAGGCUGCCACCAAGCGCCAAAAGUAUGAGAGGAUCAGCGAGAAAAAGAUGUCAACGCCCAUCGAGGUGCUCUGCAAAGGGUACCCUUCUGAGUUCUCAACAUACCUCAACUUCUGCCGUUCACUGAGGUUUGAUGAUAAACCUGACUACUCGUACCUGCGGCAGCUCUUCCGCAACCUCUUCCACCGCCAAGGCUUCUCCUACGACUACGUCUUUGACUGGAACAUGCUUAAAUUUGGAGCAGCCCGGAACCCUGAGGAUAUGGAUCGGGAGCGGCGAGAGCACGAGCGAGAGGAGAGGAUGGGGCAACUCCGAGGGUCAGCCACGCGAGCGCUGCCCCCUGGCCCACCUGCCGGAGCCACUGCCAACCGUCUUCGCAAUGUCACCGAGCCCAUGGCCUCCACCCCCACCUCCCGAAUCCAGCAGUCCGGCAACACGUCCCCCAGAGCAAUCUCAAGAGUGGACAGGGAGCGGAAGGUCAGCAUGAGGUUACACCGAGGAGCUCCUGCCAACGUCUCCUCAUCUGACCUCACAGGGCGGCAAGAAGUGUCACGGAUUUCAGCAUCACAGACAAGUGUGCCAUUUGAUCACCUUGGGAAGUGAGGAGCAAUUGCCACUGGACCAGUGUUUGCUUAGGAACAAGUUUGAUCAGAAUUACUGGAAAAAAAAAGCACAGGACUGGAGCGCCUAAAAAUAAACCUGAGCUGAUCUCUGCAGUUGCAGCCUUGGAACAGGCGAGAGUUAUGUGAAAUCUGAUUCAGGAUCUAUCUCUCGGUUCCUGGAUCUGAGCCUCUGGCGUCCCAUGCGUCUGGCCGUGAGGAAGAGAGAGGGAUGGGCCUUUCCAUGCCGUUGGCUUUGGGUGUGCGCUGACUUGGACAGAAGUGGACCCUGGAUUUUGUGGUUUUUGCUUUCUUCAAACCUAAGUCCUGGAGGAGAGAGGCACGGAUCACUUGACAACACAGUGCCUGAUGCAAACGGACUGACAUCCCUGUGAAGUGGCACCUGCUGCUUUGGUGUCUGCUGUGGUGUGGUUUGUUUGGGUUUCUCCUCCUUUGCUUGUCUGACCUGUCUGGCAGUAAAAUACUAAAUUUUAAUACUGAUUUAUUUCUAAAUUGCUACUCCUAUAGUUACACAUCCCUGCAUUAUCCUGAUGAGAGGCCUGUUUCUUCCAGGCUCUUUGAAACCCUUGAAACUUAUUUUCAGAAACACCUGCUGGGAAUAAAUGAUGGAUCUUGGUGACUUUGCAAA